UACCAUGGUAGCCAUCAAUUAGUAGCUGAGUAUGCCACAACUUCUGGGAGCAGAAAAGACCUCUCUUAGCUUCCUACUGAAUAUCUUUAUUCCCAUUUUCCAUUUUCCUAGAUUCUGUGAAAAAGAAGAAAUAAAAGGAAAUUACCCACAUUUUCAAAAUGUUUAUCAAAAUGCAAAAUGAGAUAGACCAUGACCAUGAAUCAGAAAAAUACAUCAAGGAUUCCACCAUCAUGAGAAGAGAUCCCCAAAAUGUACUUGGUCCUUCGGUGCUCCCUAAACUUGAAAUCCCAUUCUCAGUAAAGGAUAUCAUCUCCAGGAUUGAGCGAGCACAGCUCCAUCGAGCCAGAGAGGACAUUGAUAUGCAGCUGAGUGAAAUAAUGAACAAUGUGCAUCGAAUAAUGACUCGCUAUACUCUUCUUUUUAACUCGCCCUCUGAAAGGAAUGUCUCCCUUACAGAACAUAAGAGAAAACAGAGAACCAGUUUUCUUGAGAAAAUGGCUACUUACGCUAAGACUGUUGAAAUUAGAGAAAAGACUCUUGUCAACAUUCUGGUCUGGUUGGAAGAAUGGAAUGCCAUUUUGUCUGAGAUGACUCUAAUGGAUGCUGAUGAACACCACCACUGGAUAGCACAAAUGGAGAUGUUACCGGAAACAUUAAAAGCUAUUGACAACAAUGUCAAGAUACUAAGCAGAUUUAGUAUAUUUUUCCUUGACGAAAAGAGAAAACAAAAGAAAAAAAUAUUAUCUAGAGGUACUCUGUGGAAAUCUUGGAAAGAAAGAGUUAUGAAACGACCUGCAACAGCCCAUGCUUUAAGACCAGAUCAGAUGAUUAGUAAUCAAUUUGCUACAAAUACAAAGGUUUCAGAGAUCCAAGGUAUGCUACAGGAACUCAUAGCCACCACAAUGUUCAGUACAUUGGAAAACAAUGCUAUUAAAUAUAUAUCAUCAACAAUAGUAAACCUUUCUAAAGCUUUGAGUACGCUAAGUGAUGAAUUAAAAUGUUUUAACUUCCAAAGUUCUACUAUAUAUGAACAUGAAACAAGUGAAGCAGGAAAGGAGCUCUCUCUGAAGAUAAUACAAGAUCUCAGUAAUGAAAAUGAAAUGCUUCAGCAGAAACUUCAUGAUGCAGAAGAAAAAUGUGAACAACUUCUUCGAUCCAAAAUUGUUACAGAACAGGUGUAUAAAACACUGUCCUCAUCAUCAACCGUGAAAGCAUUAUCUGGAUCUUCUCCGCAGUCAUCCAGGGCCAUUAUCAAAGCUGGUGAUAUUGAGGACAAUACGGACAAUAUUUUAGACAAGGAACUUGAAAAUAUUGUAGAUGAAGUCCAAAGAAAACGGACCAAGGGCUCUGGGAUAAAAUGGGACUCCACCAUUUUAUAUACAGCCCAAGUUGAAACAACUCCAGAUUUAACUGAACAGCAACAGCAACCUGUGGCUUCCAAAGAUAUUUCUGAAGAUGGCACUAAAGAUUAUGUAUCACUGAAGAAAGGUGACGAGUAUCAAGCAUGGAAAAAAAAGCACACAAAAGGCACACAUGUAGAUGAGACCUCUGAACCAAAUCUGAGUGAUAAUAAAGGUGGCCAGAAAGUCUCAGAGGCCAAUCCUAGUCAAUACUAUGAGCCACUGGAAAAGAAAAGAAAAGAAAAGAGAUCCUUUUCUGAAGUCAACUCAAAGGCACCCACUGAAGCAAAAGGCCAACAUCUCUUUUUCACUGAAACAAAGAGCCACAGUGGCAGAAGUAGAACAAGUAUUAUGUUGGAACAAUUUAGGAAGGUCAAACGUGAGUCUCCAUUUGACAGAAGACCAACUGCACCAGAGAUUAAAGUGGAACCCACCACUGAGGCAUUGCACAAAGAAAGCAAAGGUGAAAUCAGAAGCCUAGUGGCGCCACUCAGUACAAUCCAAUCUGAUUAUACCGCUGAGCCACAGAAAGGAAAAAUAAAAGGAAAAAAACACCAUAUCUCUUCAGGAACUACUACAAGCAAAGAAGAAAAAACUGAAGAGAAGGAAGUGUUAACCAAACAAGUCAAAUCUCAUCAACUUGUUAAAUCACUCUCAAGGGUAGCUAAAGAGAUUUCAGAAUCUACCAGAGUUCUAGAAAGUCCAGAUGGCAAAAGUGAACAGAGUGACCUCGAAGAAUUUCAGAACGCUAUAAUGGCUUUCCUAAAACAGAAAAUUGAUAACAUCGGAAAGCCUUUUGACAAAAAGACUGUUGUGAAGGAAGAGGAGUUAUUAAAAAGAGCAGAAGCUGAAAAAUUAGGAAUCAUAAAGGCAAAAAUGGAGGAAUAUUUCCAAAAAGUGGCUGAAACUGUGACUAAAAUCUUGAGAAAAUACAAAGAUAAAAAAAAGGAAGAACAAGUUAGGAAACCUAAAAAACAAAAAAAGGUAAUCUCAUUUAUGCCAGGAUUGCAUUUUCAGAAGUCUGAAAGCAGUUCCUUUCUCUCACAUGAGAGCAUAGAUCCAGUAAUUAACAAUUUAAUACAAAUGAUCUUGGCUGAAAUUGAAAGUGAAACAGAUGUUUCAACAGUCUCAACAGUACAGAAAGACCACAAGGAGAGGGAAGAACAAAGGCAGGAGCAAUAUUUGCAAGAGGAUCAAGAACAAAUGUCUGGCAUGAGUCUCACACAGCAGUUGCUGGAAGAAAGAAAUCUCUUAAAGGAGCACUAUAAGAAGAUAAGUGAGAAUUGGGAAGAGAAAAAGGCAUAUCGCCAGAUGAAGGAGGGAAAGCAAGAACAACAGAGAGAGAAACAGUGGCAGGAAGAAGAGAUAUGGAAGACAGAGCAAAAACAGAGGACUCCUAAGCAGACUGAGCAAGAGGAGAAGCAAAAGCAAAGAGGAAAGGAGGAAGAAGAGCUUCCAGAGUCAAGCCUGCAGCAGCUGGAAGAAGGGAUGCAAAAAAUGAAGGCACAAGGGUUGCUCUUGGAAAAGGAGAAUGGACAGAUGAGGCAGAUUCAGAAGGAAAUGAAACAUCUGGGGCCAAUCAUAAAACAGGAGAAAAAGAAAAAGCGGAAGCCAGAGAGAGGGCUAGAGGACCUUGAAAGGCAAAGGCAGACCGAAACAAAGGAUCGGAUGCAGAUGAAGAAGAUAAAACUUAAAGAGCUAGAAAAAGUGGUCAUCCAAACUCCAAUGACAUUAUCUCCCAGGUGGAAGAGCGCGGUGAAAGAUGUACAGCAGUUAUAUCAAGGAGAAGAGUUUCAUAGGAAUCUGAAGACAUUAGAAAAUCUUCCUGAUGAAAAGAAGCCCAUACCAGUCACACCUCCCUCCCCACAAUCCUCCCCACCUGGAGCUCUUCCUAUUUCUGGACAGCCUCUCAGUAACUGCAUUCAUCUCACACCUCAGCAGGCCCAGAAAGUGGAGAUCACCCUCACCCCUCAGCAGGCCCAAGAACUAGGGAUCCCUCUUACCCCUCAGCAGUCCCAGGAACUAGGGAUCCCUCUCACCCCUCAGCAGGCCCAGGAACUAGGGAUCCCUCUCACCCCUCAGCAGGCCCAGGGUCAAGGGAUCACUGUCACCUCUCAACAGGCUCAGGAACUGGGGAUCACUCUCACCCCUCAGCAGGCCCAGGCUCAGGGGAUCACUCUCACCCCUCAGCAGGCCCAGGCUCAGGGGAUCACUCUCACCCCUCAGCAGGCCCAGGCCCUGGGGAUCCCUCUCACCCCUCAGCAGGCCCAGGCUCAGGGGAUCACUCUCACCCCUCAGCAGGCCCAGGCCCUGGGGAUCCCUCUCACCCCUCAGCAGGCCCAGGCUCAAGGGAUCACUCUCAGCCCUCAGCAGGCCCAGGCCCUGGGGAUCCCUCUCACCCCUCAGCAGCCUCAGGUUCAGAAAAUCACUCUCACCCCUCAGCAGGCUCAGGACGUGGGGAUCCCUCUCACCCCUCAGCAGGCCCAGGAAUUGGGGAUCACUCUCACCCCUCAGCAGGCCCAGGCUCAAGGGAUCACUCUCACCUCUCAACAGGCUCAGGAACUGGGGAUCCCUCUCAUCCCUCAGCAGGCCCAGGCUCAGGGGAUCACUUUUACCCCUCAGCAGGCCCAGGCCCUGGGGAUCCCUUUCACCACUCAGCAGGCCCAGGCUCAAGGGGUCACUCUCACCUCUCAACAGGCUCAGGAGCUGGGGAUCACUCUCACUCCAAAGCAGACCCAGGCCCUGGAUAUCCCUCUCACCCCUCAGCAGGCCCAGGCCCUGGGGAUCCCUCUCACCCCUCAGCAGGCCCAGGAAUUGAGGAUCCUGCUCACCCCUUGGCAGGCUCAGGAACCGGGAAUCGCUCUCACCCCUCAGGAACUGGGGAUCACUCUCACCCCUCAGCAGGCACAGGCUCAGGGGAUCACUCUCACCCCUCAGCAGGCCCAGGCACUGGGAGUCCCCAUCACCUCAGCAAAUGCCUGGAUGUCAGCUGUCACUCUUACCCCUGUGCAAACCCAGGCUUUGGAGUCUCCUAUUAACUUAGAACAGGCUCAAGAACAGUCAUUGAAAUUAGGGGUUCCUCUCACCUUAGAUAAAGCCCAUACCUUGGGAUCGCUCCUCACCCUUAACCAAGUCCAACCUUUGGGCUUCCCCUUUACCCCAGGACAGGUCCAGCCUGUGCGUAUUACUCUCAUGUCUGAGCAUGAUCCUAAAUCAAGAGCUUCUAUCACACCAAGAGUGCCUCACAUUCCUAAGCAGCAGGCCAUAUUGGCUACUCCUACCCAUAGACCAUUUCAGGAAUCGAAGGCUUCUCUCCCCACUGGGCAAUCCAUCAUAUCAAGAUUGUCUCCAAGCCUUAGGCUGUCCCUGGCAUCAUCUGCUCCUACUGCUGAGAAGUCCUCUAUAUUUGGGGUCUCUUCUACUCCUUUGCAGAUGUCAAAGCUUCCCCUCAAUCAAGGCACCUUUGCCCCUCGGAAGCCCCUAGAAAUGGGAAUUCUACCUGAGGCUGAGACGCUUGGGCCACCACAGACUCUUCGUUCGUCUGGACAGACCCUGGUAUACGGAGGUCAAUCCACUUCUGUGCAGUUACCAGCACCACAGGCCCUUCCCACUCCUGGGCAGCUCCCAGUAUCUGGGGUCCCUCCCAUUCCAGGGCAGCCCUUUGAACAGGAGGCCCUUAGCUCUAGGGAGCUUUUCAAAACUGGGGCCUCUCUGACUCCUCUACCACCUCAAAUGUCAAAAGCCCCUCUUGCCCCCAGGCAGCAACUUAUAGCUGCAGUCCCACCAGCUUCUGGACAGAUUCCCAGUCUCUGGGCUCCUCUCUUUCCUGGGCAGCCCUUAGUUCCUGGAGCCUCUUCCAUCCAUGGGGACCGCCUGCAAUCUGGAUCCUUAACCUCUGAGCAGCUCCAGGAAUUCCAGCCUCCUACCACUGCUGAGCAAUCUCCCCAUCUGCAGGCUCCUUCUACUCUUGGGCAGCAUCUGGCACCAUGGAUCCUUCCUGGGCAAGCUUCUUCAUUAUGGAUCCCUCCCACCCCUAGACAACCUCUCACACUCUGGCCGUCCCCAACCCCUGGAAAGCCCCAGAGAGUUUGGUCCCCUUCUUUUGCUAAGAAGAGACUGGCAUUUAUUUCUUCUCUGAACUCUAAAUCAGAACUGAUCCAUCCUAGCGCUCCAGAUUUCAAGGUAUCUCAAGUUCCUUUCACCACCAAGAAGUUCCAAAUGUCAGAGGUCUCUGAUACUUCUGAAGAAACCCAGAUACUUCGAGAUCCUUUUGCUAUAGAAUCAUUUAGAACAUUUCAGUCCCAUCUCACCAAAUACAGGACACCAGUAUCGCAAAGCCCUUACACUGAUGAAGGGGCCCUUCCCACUCUCACGAAGCCUACAACAUCACUAUCUUCUCUUACUACUCUACUCAAAACAUCACAGAUUUCACCUCCUGAAUGGUACCAGAAAUCCCGAUUCCCUCCUAUAGACAAGCCCUGGAUACUGAGUUCAGUUUCAGGUACCAAGAAACCCAAGAUAAUGGUGCCUCCUUCCUCUCCUAAAGAACUUGAAGAGAAGAGGUAUUUUGUUGAUGUGGAAGCUCAGAAGAAGAACCUGAUAUUAUUAAAUCAGGCUAUAAAAACUUGUGGAUUCCCUUCACAGCUACACACAACAGCUAGGACUCUAAUAAUUGAGAUACUUCAUAUGGACACGGUUCAGUUGGGAUACCUAUUCCGCAAGUACAUUGCCUAUAGGCUGAUCCAGUAUGCCAGAAACAACAUAAUGAAACUACUAAAAGCCAUCCAGAAUACUGGGAAAGGCUAUGAGGCCAGGAACCUUUACGUGAUGCUAAGCAGACUUGAUGACUACCAGAAAAAGGUGAUGCAGGUCUGGACUGAGAAGCAGAAGUCUCUAGGGCAGAAACGGAAUCAGUGCUUGAAGAAAAUGAUACAUGUAUUUGAGGAGCUCAGAAAGAUACAUGAAUUGAAUCUUAGUCAACCUAUCCCCUUAAUCAUCAAAGAAAAGCAGAUACCUGCCUCUACCACAUUUGUUCAAAAGCCAUUCUUAAAAUUACUAAUGGAAGAGGACAGAACCUCUGACAUACUCAAGAAAUUUAGACAACAAGAGGACCAGACAGAGGCCAUCUGGAAUGUUGAUCUGUCCACUACAAGCUACCCAAUAGCAGAGAAGACAUCUAUGCAUUCACUCUGGGCCCAGCUGGGUGGGUACCCAGAUAUUCCUAGGCUGCUUCAGUUAGAUGUGCAGUCUACCUUCCGAAAAUCUCUUGCAUCCCUCCAAUCACAGGUUAAGAAGAUUCCCAAAUCACUGUAAAAUUAAAUACAAGCAUGUUGAAGGUACAUAUCUUUCAGGAAAUGCCUAUUUUGUUCUCUUU